AGUUGUUGCCUAUUUUGAUGCGGCCCGGUAGAUUCCGAGUCAUACCUACGCUGAGCACGUCGUGCCGAGAUGGUUGUCGAGGAAGCCGCGCCAGGCAGAAGAAAAUCUUGUUCAGUAGUGCAGGUGCGGGAUAUCGGUUCCUAGAUGGGCACGGUCGGUGCGAUUGUCUUCGACAGUUACGGGCACCUGGCGGCUGGUGGAUCGACAGGAGGACCGACUGGGAAGGUCGACGGCCGCGUCGGCGACACUGCCACCUUGAGUGCCGGCCUGUACGCAGACGCACGGUUGAGUGUUUUGUGGUUCGUAACUGGCUGCAUCUGCAUGGCUUGGCUCUGUCCUUCGAGAACCCUGGUACAAGAAGCUGUUCGUCAUGCAGGACGCCCUGUUCCACACUUCUGUCACCUUCUUCCACAGGACCAUGGGCUGCAAGUACUGCCUCGUACCGGCGACCACAGAUGCCGUUAGCUCGCCGAUGGGUCUAGACUCCGACUCCGAGCCCGUGCCUGCCCUCUUUCUCGGCCGGGAGACGCACCUUACGGACUCGAUGCAGUUUUCUCUGAAGUACUUCCUCCGCAUACAAGACGAC